AUGGCUGCCAAGCGGAAUGACAAGAGUGAAUUGUGGUUUUUGCACAGGUUAAGAAUCAGUAUCAUCAACAUCGGGACAAUCACAGUUGAACUGUUUGCUAACGGCAUUAAAGUGACGAUCCCCAUCACCAUUAGGGUCACCGUGACUCUCCCCUUUGGAUCACUCAAGGAAAUCAACAACACCACUGUCACAUUUGUGAAUGAGGUGGAGACCUUUGUAAUGCAGUACAUGGUGUGCCCACGAAUCUACACCAUCAUCAACUCCCUGGAUGUGAGUUUUAUUAAGGAAGUCAUCGGUGCCCAUUCCAAGAUGCAGAAGGUCUCCAACCUCUUCAUUCUCCUCUGUGGGCUGCUUGCUCUAUCCUCUGCUCAAGAAGUCCUGUCUGAAGUUUCUUCCCAGAUCAACGAUGUAUUGAGUCAAGAACUCCUCAGCAUGGGCUUUCUCCCAAGCCUGCAGAAAAUCAGCCUUCAAGAGUCACUGCAGAAUGUCUUCCACCUUCCAGCAGACGUGCUGGGCAUCAACAGUGACAUCUAUGUUGUGGUAGAACUAGAAGACCCCCGCCUCCUUCAGGUCUUCCUCCAGGACUCCGUCAACAACAAGGAAGCAGAAUUACUGGUAGCGUUGGCAUUUUCUGGACAUACAAAGCUUCCAGGUCUUAAUCCCCUCAUAUUUCAAGUGAGGACAAAUAUGAAAGUCCAGCUUCGUUUGGAGAAGGACGUAAAUGGCAUAUACCGGCUCACCUUCGGGCAUUGCAGGCUCAUUCCUGAGAGUGUUCGGAUCCAAGCUGGAAGUCUGUGA